AUGUCCAUUACUGUGAUGAUGGGGAUGCAGGUGGUGCCGCCUGUGGGCCCCGGUGGUGUGGUCGAGAAGAUGGACCGGAUGAAGAUUAUCAAGCGGAGGCUGUCCAUGUCUCUCCGCAGCGCUCGGCCCGUCGACGACUCACUGUCCGAAUUGGCAGAACAGAUGGCCUUGGACGAGCCGACCACAGCCAGGGACAAUGAGCCCAUGGUUGUGUGUGCCAUGCACCCUCCUGCCUCCCAUAGUGCUCCCUCCUUCCUGCGUCAGUACGCUGGUCAUCUGGGCCGCACCGCCCUGCGCAGAGAACCAGGUGGGGGGCUGGAAAGAGACAGAGCCUACCUGAGCCUGCACAGGACUGGAUCUCUGG